AUGCGGACUUGCGAUUUCAAAGAUGAGAACAACAUUUCCUUUAAAAUCCCUUCGUUGUUGCAGAAUCGGUUAAGACACUCUCUUCAAACAAUCUAUCUAUCUAUCUAUCUAUCUAUCUAUCUAUCUAUCUAUCUAUCCCAGUUUAUUCAUAUCUAUCUAUAUAUCUAUAAAAGCCUUUUCAUUAUUUCUUUAUCUAUCUCAGUCUAUUCAUAUCUGUCUAUCUAUCUUUCUAUCUAUCUCAAUCUAAGUCUGUUCAAUCUAUCUGCCUGUCUAUCUAUCUAUCUCAUUUUGCCUAUAUCUAUCUAUGUUCAUAUCUAUCUAUGCAUCUACCUUUCUCAGUUUAUUGAUAUAUAUCUAUAUAUCUAUAAAAGCCUUUUCAUUAUCUCUCUAUCUUUCUCAGUCUAUUCAUAUCUAUCUAUCUAUCUACCUAUCUAUCUAUCUAUCUAUCUAUCUAUCUCAUUCAGUUCCUAUCUAUUUAUUUCAUUCUGUUCCUAUCUAUCUAUCUAUCUAUCUCAUUCAGUUCCUAUCUAUUUAUUUCAUCCUGUUCCUAUCUAUCUAUCUAUCUAUCUAUCUAUCUAUCUCAUUCAGUUCCUAUCUAUUUAUUUCAUCCUGUUCCUAUCUAUCUAUCUAUCUAUCUCAUUCAGUUCCUAUCUAUUUAUUUCAUUCUGUUCCUAUCUAUCUAUCUAUCUAUCUAUCUCAUUCAGUUCCUAUCUAUUUAUUUCAUCCUGUUCCUAUCUAUCUAUCUAUCUAUCUCAUUCAGUUCCUAUCUAUUUAUUUCAUUCUGUUUCCUAUCUAUCUAUCUAUCUAUCUAUCUCAUUUCAUUUCAGUUCCUAUCUAUUUAUUUCAUUCUGUUCCUAUCUAUCUAUCUAUCUAUCUAUCAUUCAUCUUCCUAUCUAUUUAUUUCAUCCAGUUCCUAUCUAUUUAUCUAUCCUAUCUAUCUAUCUCAUUCAUUCAGUUCCUAUCUAUUUAUUUCAUCCUGUUCCUAUCUAUCUAUAUCUAUCUCAUUCAGUUCCUAUCUAUUUAUUUCAUUCUGUUCCUAUCUAUCUAUCUAUCUAUCUCAUUCAGUUCCUAUCUAUUUAUUUCAUUCUGUUCCUAUCUAUCUAUCUAUCUAUCUAUCUCAUUCAGUUCCUAUCUAUUUAUUUCAUCCUGUUCCUAUCUAUCUAUCUAUCUAUCUAUCUCAUUCAGUUCCUAUCUAUUUAUUUCAUUCUGUUCCUAUCUAUCUAUCUAUCUAUCUCAUUCAGUUCCUAUCUAUUUAUUUCAUUCUGUUCCUAUCUAUCUAUCUAUCUAUCUCAUUCAGUUCCUAUCUAUUUAUUUCAUCCUGUUCCUAUCUAUCUAUCUAUCUAUCUAUCUAUCUAUCUAUCUAUCUAUCUACCUAUCUAUCUAUCUAUCUAUCUAUCUAUCUCAGUCUGUUCAUAUCUAUCUAAGUCUGUUAAAUUUUUCUAUCUAUCUGUCUGUCUGUCUAUCUAUUUAUCUAUGUUCAUAUCUAUCUAUAUAUGUAAUAUCUCGCCAAUACACAAUUUUUACCAAUUGUAG